CAUUCCACAGGCAAACACAGUCAACAAGUAGGUAGUGCCGAGUCGUGACCACCACCGCCGGUAGUUUGUGACUUUGACGCAUUCAGUGACAACGCGCGCGAUUCAGUGCACUUGAAAUAAAUAAUAAUUUAACUUGUGACUUUUGCGACCGUUUAUUUUUUUCCUACUAGGUUUUCCGUCUAGUUCGUGCUUUUUUUUUUUUUUUCAUCCGAUUCGGCCGCGUGUGCAUGUCUCUUGCGGUCAUCACUGACGUUACGUUCGGUCGUGCGUCUUGUGUCGCUGUGAUGUUCUGAGUUCAUAAAGUGCGCUGUGCUCAUCAAAUGGUGCAGACUGUGACCCGAACGGACGGCAUGGCACUGCCGUCGUUUACGGUCGGCCUGCACGUCGUGGUCGCCACCGCGAUUCUGUUGGCGGCAGCCGGAUACGCUCGCGAUGCAGUUGUGGAAAAAAUAACGCCGCCAACUUUAGGAGCAUCGGCAUGUGGCCCCGGGAUGUUUCGGUGUUCUGAUGGCAAAUGCAUAAUGUCCGAUUUAUUGUGCAAUUUCCAAAAAGACUGUGAUGGGGGCGAGGACGAGUUCCAAAGUUGCCCUCCACCCGAGUGCGAACCGCUCUUAUUGCCGUGUCGUCAAUAUCACUGGAAUAAGACGUAUUGUUACCCACCUCACUACAGGUGUGAUGUUACCGUGGACUGUGUGGAUGGUUCAGACGAGGCCGAUUGUACGUAUCGAAAAUGUCAAACUGAUGACUUUAAGUGUGAAGUAAAUGGUCCAGGCAGUGGACCUUGUUUGCCCAAGUCCAAGAAAUGUGAUGGUUAUUUUGAUUGUCGCAAUCUGAAGGACGAGGAAAACUGUGGACCGACCAUCAACAUGUCUUGUCCGUUAGAUAAAUUCCGUUGUUCAAAUGGCCAAAAGUGCAUCGAUCCAAAACUGAAAUGUGAUCAUCAAAACAACUGUGGUGAUAAUAGUGACGAAGAGAAUUGCAACUUUGCUGCGUGUCAUGUUGGUCAGUUUCGAUGUGGCAACGGGCUUUGUAUUCCACUUAAUUAUCAGUGUGAUGGGUAUGCAGAUUGUCACGAUGGUAGCGAUGAGCUGAACUGUACAGCUCUAUCUUGUCCUGGAAAAUACCUGUGUCCUCAGGGUGGGCCUAACAAACGGCCCAAAUGUAUAAACAAAUCACAAUUGUGUGAUGGACAUAAAGACUGUGAUGAUAAUGCAGACGAAGAAGCUGCUUGUUCUACGUUAAGUUGUCCGGCGUUGGGUUGUGAAUAUAAGUGUCAAGCUUCGCCAACUGGGGGAACCUGUUAUUGCCCUGAAGGACGUAAAAUUGCUAACGACUCAAAGUCAUGUAUAGAUCGAAAUGAAUGUGCCGAAUGGGGUUUCUGUGAGCAAAUUUGUAAAAAUUUAGAUGGUUCAUACGCUUGCAGCUGUUAUCUUGGCUAUGAUUUAGUAGAACGUAAAAGGUGUGUAGCUAAUAAUCGGACUCUGCCAUAUCAAAUAUUUUUUGCUCAAGAUAAGUCUGUUAUCAAAAUGGAUGCUAAAUACCAGAAUCAAAUUGUGUUAGCCAACACUACAUCUGCCAGUGGAAUUGAUUAUCACUAUCAGUACAACACUUUGUUCUGGUCUGACGUUAAGCUUAAGAAAAUCAAAUCAAUUCAGUUACUUGAACCAAAAAAAUUUAUUCGAGACGGUAAUGCCAUGCCAUCUGAAAUAACUUUACCUGGUAUGUGGGAACCAAUAGCUAUUGCAGUAGACUGGAUAGGAAACAAGCUAUACGUAGUCGACGGAGUUGGUCAAAAAAUUGAUGUGUUUGAAUUAAACGGCAGGUGGCACGCUAUCGUAUUAAGCAGCAACUUAACAAAUCCAUCUGAUAUAUCAUUAGAUCCUACACAAGGCUACAUGUUUAUUGCUGAUGGAAACCAAAUUGUUCGUGCUAAUAUGGACGGUAGUGAUGCAAAAGCUAUAGUUACUGAAGCAGUGUAUAAGGCCUCAGGAGUUUCUGUGGAUAUAUUAGACAAUCGUCUUUACUGGUGUGAUUCUCUUUUAGACUAUAUAGAGACGGUUGAUUAUCAAGGAAACGAUCGGCAUUUAGUUUUAAGAGGUCCACAGGUACCAUCACCUUCUCGGCUAGCUGUAUUUGAAAACCGAAUUUUCUGGUCAGAUGGUACUAAACAGGGUAUUUUAAGCGUAAAUAAAUAUGAUCCUACUAGUGUAUCAUCGGUGUAUAAAAACCGCGAUGUCAAGGAUCCUAAAGCAAUAAAAAUUGUCCACUCAUUAGUCCAAAGAGAAGUGCUAUCGCCAUGUAGCAAAAAUAAUGCAGGAUGCCAACACAUGUGCAUUGUUACCAAGGGAGGAGAAGGCCAAGGGUCUUUAGCCUAUAGAUGUGCAUGUAAUAUGGGAUACCAACUAGCUCAAGAUAUGCACUAUUGUGUUUUGGUUGAUGAAUUUCUGUUGUAUUCACAACAAAGAUUUAUCAAAGGUAAAGUUUUGAAUAAAGUCUCGCAAGGAUUUAAUGACGCAAUAUUACCAGUGGCUUCUAGAAGAGCAAGAUUUGUUGGUCUUGAUUUUGAUGCACGUGAUAACUAUAUUUAUUAUUCAGAUGUUCUUCAAGAUGUUAUAUAUAGAAUACACAGAAAUGGAACAGGUAGAGAAAUUGUUUUAGCGUCGCAAAAUGAAGGUGUAGAAGGACUCGCUGUUGAUUGGGUUGCUAAAAAUUUGUACUACAUUGAUAGCAGAAAAGGGACAUUGAACGUUUUGAGUACUCGCAAUGUAACCAAUAAAAGAGUACUUUUGAAAAAUAUGAAGAGACCAAGAGCAAUCGUUGUUCAUCCAAACAAAGGUUUUAUAUUUUUCUCUGAAUGGGAUCGUCCAGCAAAUAUAAGCCGAUCAUAUAUGGAUGGAACAAAUUUAACAGUGUUCAGAAAUAUAACAUUGGGUUGGCCUAACGGUUUAGCCAUCGAUUUUGCUACAGAUCGACUUUACUGGUGUGACGCAUUAUUAGAUCAUAUUCAAAAUUCAAAUUUAGAUGGUACAGACGUAAAAACUAUAAAUACUUCUCUUAUAAAACAUCCAUUCUCAAUAGUCAUAAAUUAUGAAUGGAUGUAUAUUACUGACUGGAGAUUAGACGCUAUAGUAAAAAUACACAAGAUAACCGGAGCUGUUGCUGGUAUAGAAGUACGAGAACCGCAAAACAAUCGUCUUUAUGGUGUGAAAAUGUACAGCGAAAACGAACAACUGAUAGAUUAUUCUCAUCCAUGUUCAAGUAUGAAAAACUACGGUGGUUGUCAAAAGUUGUGUUUUGGGAUUCCAUCAAACACAUCUUCCAUGCUCAAAGUUCAAUGUGGAUGUCCAUAUGGAGAGAAAAUUGAUACAGAUGGCAAGACUUGUAUUUCAGAUCCCAACGCUGAACCUCCGUUGACUGCAUGCCCAAAUACUUGGGAUUUCACUUGUAACAACAUGAGAUGUAUACCAAAAGCUUGGGUUUGUGACGGAGAUGAUGAUUGUUUGGAUAACUCCGACGAAGAACAAAACUGUACAAAGCCAACUUGUGCUCCUGGAGAAUUCCAAUGUAGUUCUGGAACAGGUCGUUGUGUACCAAGUUCAUUCCGUUGCGAUGGUGAAAAUGACUGUGGUGAUUAUAGUGAUGAAACGGGCUGUAAAAACGUUACUUGUUCUACAACUCAGUUUCUGUGUGAUAACGGUCGCUGUGUACCAUCUACAUGGAAAUGUGAUUCCGAAAAUGACUGUGGAGAUGGUUCUGAUGAGGGAGAUUUUUGCGCUGAAAAAACAUGUGCUUACUUCCAAUUUACUUGCCCUCGAUCAGGACAUUGUAUUCCUCAGACUUGGGUAUGUGACGGUGACAACGAUUGUUUUGAUAAUCAAGAUGAAGAAGGUUGUCCACCAAUUACUUGUUCACCUACACAAUUUAAAUGUGCUGAUCUUAGACAAUGUAUUCAAGAAACAUACAAGUGCGAUGGUAUAUUAGACUGUAAUGAUGGUAGUGAUGAACUUGGCUGUCCAACACUUGCACCUAAUCAGUGCGAUACAGAAAAACAAUUCCGGUGUGAAAAAUCGGGCAUAUGUAUACCAAAAACUUGGUAUUGUGAUGGAACAGCAGACUGUGAUGACGAUUCUGAUGAACCAAAAACAUGUGGACAAGUGUCAUGUCAAUCAAAUUACUUCAAAUGUAAUAAUUCACAAUGUAUUUUUAAAGCGUACGUUUGUGAUGGUCGAGACGAUUGUGGUGAUGGGUCUGAUGAAGAUUACAAACAAGCUUGCACUGCUCCACCUUUCAAAUGUAAGGCUGGAGAGUGGCAAUGUCCAAAUGUAACUGAAAGGUGUAUAAACAUAACUAAAGUUUGUGAUGGAAAAUUUGACUGUCCUAAUGGUGCUGACGAAGGACCAAACUGUGAUCUUCCAGAGUGUGAAAAACAGGGUAGUUUUUGUACCAACGGUUGUAAACAAACUCCAGUAGGUCCUCUGUGCACUUGUCCCCGUGGUCAAGUAUUGAAUAACACAUAUGAGUGUAUGGACUUAAAUGAAUGUGACCCUCCUGGUCUAUGUUCACAACAUUGUACAAAUACUAAAGGAAGUUACUUCUGUUCUUGUUCAACAGGUUAUAUUCUAGAGUCUGAUAAGCAUACCUGUAAAGCUUUAAAUCAUAGUGCAGCAUUUUUAAUCAUAUCAAAUCGUCAUUCUAUACUUGUGGCUGAUCUCAAAGAACAAGGUCUUGAGCGAGUGCCAAUAACUGUUGAAAAUGUUGUAGCUACAGCUUCAAAUAUGCAUUCUGGUACAAUAUUCUGGUCAGAUAUGAAAUUAAAAAAGAUAUCAAGACUAGAUAAAAGCAGUGAGCCAAAAGAUAUCAUUACUUCUGGUCUAGACUUAGUUGAGGGGUUAGCAUAUGAUUGGAUCGGCGGUCAUAUUUAUUGGUUAGAUUCUAGGUUGAACACGGUAGAAGUCGCAAAUGAAAAUGGUACUAACAGAAUUAUACUGCUCAAAGAAAAUAUAACACAACCUAGAGGGAUGAUGUUAGAUCCUAGUCCAGGUGCACGUUGGUUAUUCUGGACCGAUUGGGGUGAAAACCCAAGAAUCGAACGUGUUGGAAUGGAUGGUUCUAACCGUUCUGUUAUUAUAAGUACAAAAAUAUAUUGGCCCAAUGGUUUGACAUUGGAUAUAGUAAAUCAACGCAUAUAUUUUGCUGACUCUAAACUCGAUUUUAUUGAUUUCUGUUACUAUAACGGUACUGGUCGUCAACAAGUAAUUGCUGGUAGUCACUAUUUGCUCCAUCCACAUUCACUGACUUUAUUUGAAGAUACACUCUACUGGACUGAUAGACAGUUAAACAGAGUUAUAUCAGCUCACAAAUUUAAGGGAAAAAAUCAAACAGUUAUUUCUCAUUUAAUAUCUCAACCACUAAGUAUUCUUGUACAUCAUCCAUCCUUACAGCCUAUUACUCCUAAUCCAUGUGAAAAAGCUACAUGUGAACAACUUUGUUUACUCUCACCUUACGAUCCAAAUGGCUAUACAUGUAAAUGUAAACCAGGUUACAAAGUUUCAAGCACGGGUAGAUGUAUUGAAAUUGAAUCACCAUAUUUAUUAGUUAUGAGAGCAUCCCAAAUUAUUGAUGUUAGUCUAACACCAGGAGAUAAAACAACAGGUCAUAUAAUACCUAUUGUUGGAGUUGAAGGAGGUUCACAAAUAGAUUAUGAUACUGAAACGAAAAAUCUUUUUUGGGUUGAAGGUGUAAAAGUAAACGAAGAGGACGAAACUAUUAAUACCGAAAAUUGUACUCUUAUGAUGUCACCAUACCAUGGAGGAAAUAAAACUUCAUUAUUAGGUGAACUCACAGGAUUUGUAGGUGCUCCAUUUGUAAUUGCUUUUGACUGGAUUGGCCGAAACUUAUAUAUUGGAAAUCGAGAGUCGUCUAGCAUUGAAUUAGUUAAAAUAGAUGGCAUAAAUAAGUAUAGAAUGGUGUUAUUGUCAAAUAAUGGAAAAGAAAAUUCAGUAGCAACGCCUAUUGGUAUUGUUUUGGAUCCAAGUGAAGGAAAAUUAUAUUGGGCUGAUCAAGGAGGAUUUGGUGUGCGACCUAAGAUUGGAAAAAUGAAUAUGGAUGGAAGUAACCCUCAAGUAUUAAUAAAUGACGAUAAUAAGCCAGAAUCGAUCGCUAUUGAUUUGGACCAAAAAAAUAUUUAUUACAGCACUCAAUAUCCUAGCUAUAUUAAAGUUAUGGGUGUAAAUGGAAUGAAUCAUCGAACUUUAUUAAGUGAUAAGAACGGCAUCUCUUUUCCUAAAUCAAUGGGUAUCUAUGAUCGAUACUUAUACUUCAUAGACUCUAGAUAUGAUCAUCUUGUGCGAGUUAAUGCUGAUGAUGGAGCUAACAUACAAACUAUUAUUGAUAAUGACCCUGAUCUUAAAUCAUUAACUGUAUUUUCAAAAAAAAUUAAUACCAAUCAUCCUUGUACUUUGACCCAAAAUGGUGGUUGUCAGCAAUUAUGUAUUCCAAGUGAUAAUGGUAAUAGAGUAUGUGCAUGUUCAGUUGGCUAUAAAAAGGAAUUAGAUACAAGAUGUACACCACAUACAUCAUUUGCGGUUGUUUCUCAAGUAGAUUUGAUUCGUGGAUAUAGCCUUAGUGAUACAUUAGAUGCAAUUGUUCCUAUAUCAGGACCAGGACAUCAUAUAUUACAUGUGGAUGUUCAUGUUGCGCAAAAUUGGAUAUAUUGGGUUGAAUUUAAUCGUGGAAUAUGGAAUGGUAUUUAUAGAAUUAGGCCAAAUGGUACAGAACUACAACAUAUUAUUAAAGAUGGUAUUGGUUCUAAUGGUAUACGAGGUCUAACUAUUGAUUGGAUAGCAGGAAAUCUAUACUUUACAAACGUGUUCCCUCAUGAAAACUAUGUAGAAGUUUGUUGGUUAGAUGGCUCUAUGCGUAAAGUACUAGUUAAAACUACAACGGAUGCACCAAAAGAAUUAAUUGUAAAUCCUAUCAAACGGUUACUUUACUGGAUCGAUUACGGCCAGUACCCUAAAAUUGGUAAAGCAUAUUUAGAUGGAUCCAACUGGAUGCCGAUAGUGACAACAGGAAUUAGUCAACCUAAGGAUUUAACUGUUGAUAUGGUUACUCAUGAUGUUUAUUGGGUGGACGCUAGACUAGAUACUAUUCAAAAGGUUUCAUUCACCGGAGGUGAAAGACAGGUUGUCAGAAGAAAUAUUCCUAAUCCAAUGGGUAUUGCUAUACAUUUAGGAGAUAUGUAUUGGGUAGAUAGAAAUUUAAAAAGUGUUUUCAAAGCUUCUAAAUUACCAGGAAAUACAUCGACUCCAACUGCUAUUAGAACUGGACUUCCUAGAUUACGUGAUAUAGCUAUUUACGAUGCAAACACACAACCGUUCGACGAUUCAAAUUCCUGCUCUCGAUUUGGUAACGGAGGUUGUGAACAAUUAUGUUUUUCGUUUCCACCAACGUAUUCAGUAAACAAAUUUUUGUUUCGAUGCGAUUGUGCGACUGGUGUAAUAGGUGCAGGUACAGGUACGAAGUGUGACACUGUAAGUGAAUAUUUGGUGUACGCAACAAGAACUGAAAUAAGAUCUGCAAGUUUAGAUCCUCUGUCCAAUACACUUCCAUUCAAACCUGUUGGAAAUUUGUCCAACGUUGUUGGCUUAGACUUCGAUUACGCUGAUAAUAAACUGUUCUUUACUCAAAUUCGUCCAAUGGCUCAAAUAUCGUCUAUUUCGAGUAACUUCCCAGUUAACAAUCAGAUCAAAACAAUUUUAAGUCGUAAAAUAAACCCAGAAGGUAUAUCUUAUGACUGGACCCAAAAGAAGAUUUACUGGACUGACUCUUUUAAUAAUUCUAUUUACGCCAUGAAUUUGGAUGGUUCUGGUGUAGUCAUGAUUGCUAGAGUGGAUAGGCCACGUGCUAUUGUUGUCGAUCCCUGUAAUGGAACUUUAUACUUCACUGAUUGGGGACGUUUUGGUACUGCUGGAAUGAUAUAUCGAACUACUAUGGCAGGGUCACUAAAAAAAGCUAUCAUAGAUAAAGACUUAUCUCAGCCUAGUGGACUUACUAUCGAUUUUGACGAACGUAUGUUAUAUUGGUCUGACGCUGUUCGAGAAAAAAUUGAAAGGUCAACACUAGAUGGUCAAAAUCGAGAAGUACUUAUAACAGCUACUAUUUAUCCAUUUGCACUGACUGUACAUGAAAACUACAUCUAUUGGACUGAUCUUCAGUUAAGAGGAGUCUAUCGAGCUGAGAAGCAUACUGGAGCUAAUAUGAUAGAAAUUGUCAAGAGAUUAGAUGAUUCUCCAAGAGACAUUGCAAUUUAUUCAAAGGAUAGACAAAAAUGCUCAGUAAAUCCCUGUUCGAUUAAUAACGGUGGAUGCGCUCAAAGCUGCCACCCUGGACUUAAUGGCACAGCUGAGUGUAGGUGUGACGACAACACCAAACUAGUUAAUGAGGGCCGUAUGUGUGUGGACAAAAAUGUUACAUGUGCAGCUAAUAAAUUCCAUUGUCGUAAUGGUAAAUGCAUUUCGCGUAUGUGGACUUGCGAUGGCGAUGACGACUGUGGUGAUAACAGUGACGAAGAUGUCAAUUAUUGCACUUAUCAUUCAUGUAGUGCCAAUGAAUUUAGAUGUGCAAAUGGAAGAUGUAUAUUUAAAACAUGGAAAUGUGAUCAUGAAAACGACUGUAAAGAUGGUUCUGAUGAAGUUGGUUGUACUUAUCCACCUUGUGCUGACGGCGAAUUUACAUGUGCCAAUUAUAGGUGCAUUUCCAUGUCACAAGUGUGCAAUGGCGUGAAUGAUUGUAAAGAUAACAUUACUUCAGAUGAAACUCAUGAUCGAUGUCCCAAAAAUAUUACUUGUCCAGCUAGUCACUUAAAAUGUGAAAAAACUAACAUUUGUGUUGAACCAUACUGGUUGUGCGAUGGUGAUAAUGAUUGCGGUGAUAAUAGUGACGAAGAUCCACUUCAUUGUGCUCAAAGAACGUGCCCAGCAAACAGUUUCCGUUGUCCAAAUCAUCGUUGUAUACCAGCUACGUGGUAUUGCGAUGGUGAUGAUGAUUGCGGUGAUGGAUCUGACGAACCUCCUGAGUAUUGUAAAUCGGAAGGACGAACAUGUUUUGGUGAUCUAUUUACUUGUGAUAAUGGCAAUUGUAUACCUAGAAUUUAUAUAUGUGAUGGUGACAAUGACUGUUUGGAUAAUUCAGAUGAAGAUCAACGACAUCAGUGCAAUAAUCGUAAGUGCGAUGAAACUACGGAAUUCACAUGUGCAGCAAACAAAGCAUGGAACCGUCCGCAGUGUAUUCCAAGAAAGUGGUUAUGUGAUGGUGAUCCCGAUUGCGUUGACGGAGCUGAUGAAAACUCAACAGCACUCAAUUGCUCAACUGUACUAAACUGUAGUGCAGAACAGUUUACCUGUGGUAAUGGUCGAUGUAUUAAUAAAGGAUGGGUCUGUGACCAUGACAAUGAUUGUGGUGAUGGUACAGACGAAGGCAAAGAUUGUCAUUCACAAUAUAAAACUUGUUCUCCAAAAGAAUUUUCUUGUCAAAACUUUAAAUGUAUUAGAAGCACAUAUAGGUGUGAUAAUGAAGAUGACUGUGGUGAUAAUUCAGACGAAUUUGACUGUCCUGGUAAAAAUACCACAUCAUGUGGAAUAGAUCAGUUCCAUUGUACAAACGGUCAAUGUAUCAGUGCACGAUUAGUGUGUAACAAAGUAUCAGACUGCACGGAUGACAGUGAUGAACCAGCUCAUUGUAAUGUUGAUGAGUGUGCUAAAGUAGAACUGAAUCAGUGUGCACACAAAUGUAUUGAUACACCAACUAGUUUUAACUGCGAAUGUAACGAAGGAUAUAAGUUAAUGGAUGAUGGAAAAGCUUGUCAAGAUAUUAAUGAGUGUAUGGAAAUUCCUGGAGCUUGCCCUCAAUAUUGUUUGAACACUCCUGGGUCUUAUUAUUGUAAAUGUGAUGAAACAUAUUACGAUCGUAGAUCUGAUGAACGUUCUUGCAAGAGAAGAGAUAAAAUAAAACCAUGGUUAAUUUUCACAAAUAAAUAUUAUGUUCGAAAUAUGUCUUUAGAUGCUUCAGAAUACGCACUUAAUCAUCAAGAUCUAUUGAAUGUUGUCGCUCUAGAUUUUGACUAUCUGGAUCAAAAACUAUACUUUUGCGACGUUAGUGCUAAAACAAUUUAUAGAACACCUAUUGGAAGUAAAGAAAGAGAGAAAAUUAUAAGACAUGACAGUCAUGGUUUGGAAGGUAUUGCUGUAGAUUGGGUUGGAAGAAAAAUAUAUUGGCUUGAUCGGCACAGUAAACAUUUAGAAGUAGCUGAAUUAAAUGGCACAAAUAGACAUACAUUAAAAUCGGGUAUUCAAGAUCCGAGAGCUAUUGCCGUUCAUCCAGGAACUGGUUAUUUAUACUUCACUAGCUGGCAACUACAGGCAUACGUUGGUAAGAUUGGUAUGGAUGGUAGUAAUUUCACACAAAUAUUAACUUAUGAGGAUGAUAUAGCUUGGCCAAAUGCUCUGACCAUCGAUUACUUUACUGAACGAGUUUAUUGGGCUGAUGCUCAUUUGAAUUAUAUAGCUUCAGUUGAUUUAGAAGGAAGACACAAACAUAUUGUACUAUCAGGAGAAUCAGUACCCCAUGUAUUUGCUCUGUCAUUAUUUGAAGACGAAAUUUUCUGGACUGAUUGGAAUCUAAAAGCUAUUGUUAAAGCAAAUAAAUUUACUGGCCAGCAUUAUCAAGUACUAAGGAACACAACACAUCGGCCUUAUGAUUUGAACGUGUAUCAUCCUCUUAGGCAAAUACCAUAUCCAAAUCCUUGUGGAAGUGAUAAUGGAGGAUGCUCACAUUUAUGUUUAUUACGACCGGUUCCAGGAGUAGAUCCAUCACCAGACAGUUACUUGAAUUCUAAAAGUCCUGUUGCAUACACUUGUGCUUGCCCUAAUCAAUUUUAUUUAGAUCCGCGUGAUAAUAAAACUUGUAUUGCCAAUUGUACUGCUGGUCAACAUGAAUGUAAACAAAAUGAUCAGAAGUGUAUUCCUUGGUUCUGGAAGUGUGAUGGAGAAAAAGAUUGCGCUGAUGGUACAGAUGAAAUUGAAAGCGAAUGUCCAACAAGGUCCUGCCGAGGAGGAGCAUUCCAGUGUGAAAAUCGUAACUGUACACCAUCGGCUACUAUUUGCGAUGGAAUUGAUGAUUGUGGAGAUGGUUCUGACGAAAAACGUUGUGACUUACCAUGUCCUAAUUUAGAAUUUAAAUGUCGCUCAAAUGGGCGUUGUAUUCUUGACGCAUGGAAAUGUGAUGGUGAACCAGACUGUAAAGAUGGAAGUGACGAAGAUCCAGCAAUUUGCCAUAAUCGGCCUUGUGAUCCAAAAACUGAGUACUCAUGUAAAAAUGGUCGUUGUAUACCGAAAUUGUGGGUUUGUGAUUUUGAUAAUGACUGUGGUGAUGACUCAGAUGAGCCUGCAUUUAUGUGUAGACAGCGAAAUUGUACUACUGGAUGGCAAAGAUGCCCUGGUAAAACUAACUAUCGUUGUAUACCUAAAUGGUUGUUUUGUGACGGUAAAGAUGAUUGUCGUGACGGAUCAGACGAAUUACCUGAAAAUUGUCCAAAAUGUCAAUCAGCUGGAGAUUUUCAAUGUAAAAAUAAUAGAUGUAUACCAAAAAGAUGGUUAUGUGACUUUGAAAAUGAUUGCGGAGAUAAUUCGGACGAAUCUGAAGAUAUGUGCAAAGGACUUUAUAGACAAUGUUCAGAAUCAGAAUUUCAAUGUUCAAAUGGAAAGUGUAUACCGGGUCAAUGGAGAUGUGACCACGAUGAUGAUUGUGGAGACAAUUCUGACGAACUAAACUGUGGUGGAUUCCAAUGUAAAAAUGGCACGUUCCAAUGUAAGAGCGGUCAUUGUAUUGCAUCAUAUUUCCGUUGUGAUGGCGAUAGAGAUUGUAGAGAUUUCAGUGAUGAAAUUGGAUGUCCGCCACGAUAUCCAGGAGGUCGCUAUUGUCCUGCUUCUAAAUUUGAAUGUAAAACUACCAAACUAUGUAUUUUCAACUCUGAACUUUGUGAUGGAGAAGAUGAUUGUGGUGAUGGUUCUGAUGAAGCAUCUGACUUAUGUUCAAAUUUAAGUUGUACAUUGGAUAACCGAUUUUUGUGUGACAAUAAACACUGUAUACCUAUGUACCAACGUUGUGAUGGAGUGGAUAAUUGUGGAGACGGUUCGGAUGAAAAUGAUUUGAGUGUUUGUGGAUUAUCACAAAAUAAUAGACAGUGUGAUCAUUAUACAGAAUUCACAUGUUCUAACCGCAAAUGUGUUGACAAAUCUAAACUUUGUGAUAGGAAAUAUGACUGUGAAGAUUUAUCUGACGAAAAAGGAUGCAUAUAUUCUGGAACGUGUUCAGACCCUAAUAAAGGUGGUUGUGAACAUUAUUGUUUAAAUGUUACUUCUGGAGUAGGAUAUAGUUGUGCUUGUUAUGCUGGAUAUGAAAUUAGCCCUGGUACAAAUAGUAAAAGAUGUACAGAUAUCAAUGAAUGUGAAUUAGGACUUCAUCAUUGUUCUCAAGAAUGUACUAAUAUCAAUGGAUCUUAUGUUUGUUCCUGUCGCGAAGGUUUUGUUUUAAGUGAUUUGUUUAGCGGCGUUUGCAAAGCUUUAGAUCCAAAAGUAACUAUUGUUUACACUAAUGGACCAGAAAUACGAGGUUAUGAGGCAAACGAAAGAAGACAUUUGUCAGUUUUAACUAAUGAAAAGCGUAUACAUUCUAUUGAUUUUGAUCCAAAGAAUGAAAUAAUUUAUUGGACAGAUACUUUUGAUCAAUCGAUUAAAAGAUCAUACAUGGUAGAUGCUAUUGGCGGUCAAGUUAAGAUGGGUUAUCCUCAAGAUCUUAAUAUGAGAGGCCCACAUAAACCUGUUGCUGUCGCUAUUGAUUGGAUAGGUGAUAAUAUAUAUUGGGCUGUGAUUGACCGAUCAGGUGAAAAAUUCAAAGGACAAAUAAUGGUUGCUAAGCAAGAUGGAAGAUAUAGGAGAUCAGUUAUCAGUAGUGAAUUGGAAUCACCUUCAUCGAUUGUUUUGGAUCCUGAAAUGGGUAAAAUGUUUUGGGCUGAUGUCGGAGAGUCUCCAAAAAUAGAAAUGUCUUGGAUGGAUGGUUCUAGACGUUUAUCAUUAGUUACUACUAGAAUUGUACAUCCUACUGGUUUAACUGUAGAUAUAGCUGUUANCCAUUCUUUAUAUUGGGUAGAUACCAAGUUAAAUACAAUUGAAACAAUAAAAUACGAUCAAUCAAACCGCCAAGUUGUUUUACGUGGAGAACAUCUCCAUCAUCCUGUAUCAUUAGAUCUUUUUGAAAAUCAGUUAUAUUGGUUAACAAGAGAAACUGGAGAACUAAUGAGACAAGAUAAAUUUGGUCGUGGUGUUCCAGUUACUCUAGCCAAAGAUCUAGUCAAUCCUGCCGGAGUUAAAGUUUAUCAUAAACAAAGAUACAACGUUUCUGCUUUAAAUCUCUGCAAAGAUGCUGGCUGUUCACAUUUGUGUUUACUAGUACCAGGAGGUGUGUAUUGUGCGUGUCCCGAACACACACAUGUCCAACAGGGCGCAAGUGAAAAAAUAUGCGACGCAGCCGAAGAGCCGCCAAAACCAGCACCGCAAAUUUGUCUUUGCCAAAACGGUGGGGUUUGUGUAGAAUCUGGUUUAGGAUCGUCUGCUGAACUUAAUUGCAUAUGCCAGCCAGAUUUCAGUGGACGUUUGUGUGAUAUUACAUCUAGAAGAGCUAGGCGAACGGGAUUAUUUAGUUCAAUGUUGGUAAUUCCACUUACAGGACUCUUACUUCUUCUUAUCGCCGGAGCUAUUUUUGUUUUUAUACGUAAACGUCCAUUUGGAAAGGGAGCAGUUUUGGGAAGUUUAACCAAUUCACAAAGUGUUUCAUUUAGGCAAGGUACAAAUGUUGAAUUUGGUCCAAACGCCUUUACUAACGGUUCUGGAGGAGGAGAACCGUUGGAUGUAGAAUAUAAUAUGACGGAUAUUAGUGGUAAAAACCGUGACUUCAGUAACCCAAUGUAUGAUGCACUCGGUAGUAAUUUGGAAUCGGAUGCUGGUAGCGGUAUUUAUGAAGUACCAUUGGAUGUUACCAAAACCAAAGGUAUUGUUCAAGAACCAGCGUCUGCAAUUCUUGCGCCGUCAACAAUUAUACAAAAGACUUCACCACAAAUACAGCGUAGACAUAGAGAAUUAGAACCAGCUAUGAAUGAUACGGGUAAAGACACACAAAUGUUGGUCGAAGAAACUGACGAUUGAAAGAAUAAAAGAAAGACAAACAAAAAAAAUUAAUUAUUUUUUUCUCAAAGAAAGUAUUAUCAUGGUGCGAGAGUUUUUUUAAUGAUAUGAAGUUAAAAAUAAAGCGUUUGACAAGUUUAUUUUAAUUUUUUUUUUUUUUAUUGUAAAAAAAUUAAUGUUGCCAGUUUAUAUAACAUCGCCUGUGUUUUAUUUUUAGUUUUUGUUUUACUGGUAGCGACUGACCAAUACCAUGGUGUAAUUGUGUUAAAAUAGAAUAAUAUUCGUUUACACCAUGACUAAAACGCGUUAAUCGUUUGAACUUGUGAUAUCGAUUAUCAUAAUUUAGAGCAUAAUAUUUUUGUUAAGUGUAUUAUAAUAUUUAAAUUUUACUAUAUAUUUUUGUUUAUGUACAUUUUUAAUUAUUACUAGAGACAUCAUGUGUAAUUUAAUGAAAAAUAAGACAAUAAAAUUUAAUGAAACUUGUUGAA